AUGACCCAUCAACCUCAAAAAUUGUUGAAAGAUAUUGAUCCCGCAAAAGUUCAAAAAUUCAAAGGGUUAUUCAAUGCAGAAGUUACCGAGUUGUUGAUGGAGGGAGAUGAGGGAUACGAAAAAAGUUUAACAAGAUGGUCCGAUAAUGCGAUAAAAAGGGCGGGAAUCGUUGUUCAAGCAACUUGUCUUGAUGACAUUGUCAAAACCGUUAAAUUUGUCGGUCAAAAUAAUUUGGAUUUUGCCGUAUGUGGAGGUGGACAUUCAACAUCCGGUAAUUCAAGCUCUGAGGGAGGAGUUGUGUUAAACAUGAGGAAAUUAAAUAAAGUAAGGGUUGACGUUGAAAAGAAAUUAAUUUAUGCUCAAGGAGGAGCCCUUUUCGGUGAAGUCGAUAGGGAAGCCUGGAAAUAUGGAUUGGCAACGGUUGGGGGUACGGUUGAACAUACUGGCAUUGGUGGAUUGUCGAUAGGAGGCGGAUUCGGUUACUUGACGGGUCGACACGGGUUAACGGUUGAUAAUGUGGUAGGUGCAACGUUAGUUACUGCGGAUGGACAAGUAAAAGAAUUAUCGGAAACCGUAAAUGAAGAUUUGUUUUGGGCAAUUCGAGGGGGGGGACCAAACUUUGGCGUCGUUUAUGAAUUUAUUUAUAAAGCGCAUGAACAAAGAGAGGUUUGCUUUGGUGUCUUAAUAUACCCUGGCGAAAAGUUAAAAUUAAUUGUAGAUGCUGUUAAUGAAUCGCUUAAAGAAAAUGCUGGACCUGAUCAUUCCAUCUCCAUUAUUUUUAAUAGACCUCCUCCAGAGUUUCGGCCUGUUAUAAUGCUUUUGUUAUUUUCCAAUGACCCAUCUGAACAAGUCUUUCGGGAAAGGUUCUCAACAAUUUAUAAAUAUGGUGAAUAUGUUAAGGAAAUAGUAGAAUGCAUACCGUAUCCAAAGUUGAAUACACCCGCAAAUGCGGCUGCAGCGUUUGGGGAUCGUAAGGCACUUCGUGAUGCUCACAUUUCAACUUUAACUUAUUCAACAGCUUACAAAGUUUACGAUUCUUACGUGAAAUUCACUAAUGAAAAUCCAUCAACUGGUAAAUCAGUAAUAAUGUUUGAACUUUACUCUUAUGAAAAAUUUGCUUCAAUCCCUUCAAAGGCCACCGCAUUCGCACAUCGUAAACCUUUUUAUAACGUCGUGAUAUUACAACGUUGGAUCAAUGAAGAGGAUGAUCCCAUCGUUUAUAAUUGGGCUAAAAAUUUGCAAGAAAUUAUAAAUUUGGACGGUGAUGGUGAUGAAUCCAUUUACAUUAAUUUUGAAAAUUUUACUGAAGGAAUAGAUUAUAAAGGCGAGAAAUUACAAAGGGUCUAUGGUGAAAAUUUAGUAAGGUUGAAAGAAUUGAAAAGAAAAUAUGACCCUAAUGUUCUCUUUAGGAAAGGCACAAUUAUCUGGCCAUGA